UCGCUAGUUUUUCCGUAAUUUCUACCGAGAUGAGACGUCGAAAGAGCAAGAAGGGCGAACCCGGUGCGCACCGUCUCGUCAACCCGAUUCAGGUCGCGGGCGUGGCUUUUCGGUCGGGGCGCAAAGAAGCGGCCGUGAAAAUCCUUGAAGACGAGCUCGGGAGCGGCGAACUGGUCGAAACGUUGUUGAAAUGGUCCGAAAACACGGCCGCCUUUUACAAAGCCCUGGAAAGCGGCGACCCGGAUUUGCUGUACAUGGUGAUGCUCAGGCUUCGGAAGAUCAAGUCACCCGACGAUUUCCGGAAGACGAUUCGCAAUUUCCCGGUUGCGGUGACUCUGUACAAGAAGUACUGCCACCAGUUCAACAGGCAGGAGUUGUACGAGAUGUACGUAAAGGAGAAGGACUUCGGUGCCCAAGCGGCGACUUUCAUUUCGGCAAUCGUCGAUUAUAAAGAGUUACACCUAAAAGAGACGCUCUUGGCCUCAGCCAGCGAGGCCUACUCCAAAGGCCGCAACGCCCCCUACGCCCGCCUGUGCGAGCAACAACUCAAACUCCUCGCCUACCAAAGAAAACUCAACGAAAAAUACAUCGACCACAACUUCCUCGGAAGAACGAUCCACCAAACCUGCUCUUUACUCGUACGAAGCGACCCGAACGCGGCCGAAGAGUUCCGCGCCGAGUUCCACAUCCCCGAACAGAGAUUCUGGUGGCUGAAAAUCCAAGCCCUUGCGGAAACCGACGACUGGAAAAACCUAGAAAAGCUGUCUCAAAGCGAAAACUGCCCCAUGGGCCCCGAAAAAUUCGUAGACGCGUGUUUACAAAGAAACAACGAAAAGGAGGCCAUGAAGUACUUGUCGAUGGUGCCCGAGCAACUCAAGCUGAAAUAUCUCAUCAAAAUGAGACUUUUGGAGGAGGCGGCUGAGAUGGCAUUCAGAAAAAACGACUACUACAACUUGCUUCUGGUCAAUAGUUUGUGCGAACACCGGUCCGAGUUGGCGGCGAGAGUGCAGUCGAUGAUUAGACAGCUGGAGGCGGCGGACAACGGCGCAUCCCCCAGCCUAUUCAAAGCUUGUCUCGGCUUGUAAAGCCGACUUUUAUAAAUGAUAAUUAAAUAAAGUCGCGUUUUUAACCGAAUAAA